UUUCUCGGAUACUCUCGCGGGAUGCCGCACGUCUUAAGAUUCGGUGGAAUAUUUGAGUCCAUCGAGAGCGGCCCCUCGGGAGCUGAGGAACUCGCCUUUAAAUUUGCCUUGAACACGAUCAACAGGAACCGCACCCUGCUCCCCAACACCACCCUCACCUACGACAUCCAGAGAAUCAACAUCUUCGACAGCUUUGAGGCCUCCCGCAAAGCGUGCGACCAGCUCUCCCUGGGCGUGGCGGCCAUCUUCGGCCCGUCCCACAGCUCGUCGGCCAAUGCGGUGCAGUCCAUCUGCAACGCCCUGGGCGUGCCCCACAUCCAGACGCGCUGGAAGCACCAGGUGUCCGACAACAGGGACUCGUACUACGUCAGCCUGUACCCCGACUUCUCCUCCCUCAGCCGGGCCAUCCUGGACCUGGUGCACUUCUUCCGCUGGCGGACGGUCACGGUGGUGUAUGACGACAGCACCGGUCUCAUUCGCCUGCAGGAGCUGAUCAAGGCUCCCUCGCGCUACAACCUCCGCCUCAAGAUCCGACAGCUGCCGGGCGACACCAAGGACGCCAAGCCGCUGCUGAAGGAGAUGAAGAAAGCCAAGGAGUUCCACGUGAUCUUCGACUGCGGCCACGAAAUGGCGGCCUGGAUCCUGAAACAGUCCCGCGGGCAGCAGAGAGACAGCCCGGGGCUCCCUGACAAGCCUUCCCGGGCCUAA